AUCGUCGAGUGAGUCACGGAGCGACGCGAAGUUCUCCUGCUGCCUCGAAUGACUCGAUCGGGCAGGAGCAGAGCCACGUGACCAGUUUUCUCUUAUCGCCCACCAGACCCCACCAAAGCGAGUCUUGCCCGCCGAAAAUCACGAACGCCCCUCACGACGCUCUUGUUUCGAGUUCUCAAGCACAGCAAACGUUCUCGCAGCCAUGAGUGCUCCUGCUAACACUACAGAGCUGCCCGAGCGGCCCAAGGAGGCCGAAGUCCCCAAGGCUGAUCCCCAGGCUGGGAGCGCAGCGCCGUCGGAGAAGCCCAAGGAUGCAAAGCCUCCGAAGAAGGCCAAGGCUCCCAAGCAGCCAAAGGAAAAGGCUCCUCCCAAGAACGGAGGUGCGAAGCCCAAGGCCGCGAAGCCGGAGACCGUCGAUCUGCCCCAGGAUCCCGAUUAUAUGUUCAAGGUCGGGUUUCUGGCGGACGUGUACGAGGAACGCCCUAUCUCCGAGAAGCACCCGAAAAUCAUCACUCGAUUCCCUCCCGAACCGAACGGAUUCCUUCAUUUCGGACACAGCAAGGCCAUUGCCAUCAACUUCGGCUUUGCGAGAUAUCGUGGUGGCGAGUGCAUUCUGCGGUACGAUGAUACAAACCCAGCGGGAGAAGAUGAAGUUUACUACAAGGCGAUCGAGGAGAUGGUUUCUUGGCUGGGGUUCAAGCCGGUUCGGAGCACCAGCGCUAGCGAAAAUUUCCAGCAGCUGUAUGAGUAUGCGGUGGAUCUGAUCAAGAAAGAUGGAGCUUACGUCUGCCACUGCUCUAAGGCUGAGAUCAAGGUCCAGCGAGGAGAGGGCACUGGCAAGGAACGUUUUGCCUGCAGCCACCGUGAUCGCCCGAUUGAAGAAUCUCUGAAGGAGUUCCAAGCCAUGAAGGAGGGUAAAUACAAGGCCGGAGAGGCGGCACUUCGCAUGAAGCAGGAUAUCACCAAUCCGAACCCUCAGAUGUGGGAUCUUUUUGCCUGGCGCAUUCUGGAUACUGAAGAGAAGCAGCACCACAAGACUGGAGCGGAAUGGAAGAUGUACCCGACCUAUGAUUUUGCACACCCUCUGUGUGACAGCAUUGAGAACAUCACCCAUUCUCUGUGUACCACAGAAUUCGAACAGUCCCGUGUGUCGUACGACUGGCUGGUCAACAAGCUGGGCGUUUACCAGCCUAUGCAGAGAGAAUACGGUCGUCUGAACAUUACAGGCACAAUUCUCUCUAAGCGCAAGAUCAUCGAGUUGGUCAACCGAGGUCAUGUUCGCGGCUGGGACGAUCCCAGACUCUAUACCCUGAUCGCUCUUCGUAGACGUGGUGUGCCUCCAGGCGCCAUUCUUUCCUUUGUAAACGGCCUCGGUGUCACAAAGAACAACUCCAACGUCCAAGUUGCCAAGUUCGACCAGGCCAUCCGCCAGUACCUUGAAGCGACAGUGCCCCGUCUGAUGUUGGUCCUCGAACCACUGAAGGUGGUUAUUGACAACCUCCCCGAUGAUUACCUGGAAGAAGUGGAAGUUCCGUUCUCGAAAGAUCCUGCUUUUGGAACACACAAAGUUCCGUUCACCAAGACCGUUUAUAUUGAGCGCUCCGACUUCCGCGAGGUCGACUCAUCUGACUUCUUCCGUCUCGCCCCCGGAAAGUCUGUCGGUCUCCUCAAGGUUCCCUUCCCUAUCACCGCCACCUCCUUCGACAAAGAUCCCGAGACUGGUUUGGUCAGCUGUGUCUACGCCAAGUACGAGAAACCAGAGGAAGGUGCUACCUUCAAGAAGCCCAAGAGUUACAUUCACUGGGUUGGUGAGUCCGCCGCCUACAACAGCCCGAUCAAGGCUGAGGUCCGUGCCUUCAACCCUCUGUUCAAAUCCGAGGACCCCAGCGCCCACCCCGACGGAUACCUUGCGGAUCUGAACGCGGACUCGGAAAAUAUCUACAAGAACGCGUUUAUGGAGACGGGCUUCCGGGACAUCCAGAAAUCCGCGCCCUGGCCCAAGGACGUCGAAGAAAGCAAUACUGACGGCUCUCCGAAGCCGUGGACCGUCCGAUUCCAGGGCAUGCGGGUCGCGUAUUUCACCGUUGACAAGGACUCGACAGACGACCAGAUCGUGCUGAACCGCAUCGUCACGCUGAAAGAUGACAAGGGGAAGUCUUGAAUAUAGUGUUUUAGACAUGGUUGGCUGCUGCUUCGUAUGAUUUUAAUCAAGCCCUCUCGUCUCAGCCUCUGGAAAGUAUGGCAUUUAUAAGAUCUAGCAUAACAUUUGAGAUUGAUUACGA